CUUCAAUUCCACCAUGCUACCAAUCGUCUCCCAUUUCUAUAUUAGAAACGCUUCGUCCCGUGGAUGCCAUGAUGCCAUCGCAUCUUCUGAAACAUGACAGCUGCAAGGAUUCCUGUGCCUCACGUUAACUUGGCCGAACAUGUGGAGAUGCUCUCAUGAGCUUCAUCCCAAAUUUCGUAUCGACGCAUCGUACUCGAGUACCCCGCCAUUCUUCCACAAAGCGUCCUCUUUUCAACCUCAAGAUGCCUCGAAUUCCGCACCUGUCUGCCAUUACCGUAAUCAGCCUGCUAGCCCAUGCUGUGUUAGGUUCAGCGAGCACAUCAAGACAGACCGCCCUUCAAUCCACUCCUUGUGAAGAUCCACCAUACCGUAUCCAUGUGCUUUCGAAAAGCCCGCUAGUAAUCUAUAUAUCGGAUUUUGUGACAGAAAAGGAAAGGCAGCACGUCCAAGAGCUUACGUAUGCCUUCACCACUCCAUACUUUCUUGAUUUGAAUUGGGAGCUAAAUUCCUGAAGCAAGAGUUCAUUUACACGAUCCUCGGUCGCCGAUGAAGCUGGCACCAAAGGCCAACGCCAAACACGAACCUCACAAUCAGCAUCAGUUCCUCGAGACGAUAUCGUACGCUGUAUUGAGAACCGAGCUCUCUCUUUCCAGGGAUUCGAUAUCCCACGUUCCCAUUUAGAGCCCCUCCAGCUUGUCAAAUACGGAACCGGCGAGGAAUACCAUCCCCAUACAGAUUGGUUCGAGGCAGAAUUGCAAAAUACGGCGGAAGUAGGAGGGAAUCGAGAGACCUCAUUCUUCGCAUAUAUUGCCGUAUCGAAUAUUACUGGCGGGGGAACCAAUUUUCCUAUGCUAGAUGCGCCUAGAGAGGAACGCUGGUGUGAGUAUAUUGAUUGUGACGAACCGUGGGAAAAUGGUGUCACAUUUCGGCCGGUAUCUGGCAAUGCUGUAUUUUGGCAGAACCUGGCAGGAAAUGGGACUGGGGACCAUGCUACACUACAUGCUGGGCUACCAGUGACAAGUGGCAACAAGAUUGGAAUGAAUAUAUGGACCAGACAGUGGGCCCUGAGUUCAGACUAUAGAGAUAGAGGGGUAGAUGAAUGAUGUAACCCAAAAGCAAUGAGUAGUGAUCCGACGAACAUACUUUCAACGCCCAAAUUCCACUACCAAGUAAAUGUAUAACAAAAUGUUUCCACCAAAGAAACCUUUGCUGUCUUUUCAUUUGCCGGCGAGACUGUAUGGCAGUGGUACUAGGUGCCUUAUACCGCCUAUAUAGCAACCCAGAAAUAUCCACCUGGGUCGUUGAAUCGGAUGUUCAUCUAAGCUUCAAGUUGGAUAUGCUUUUGUUUCUUCUCCAAC